CUAUUUUAAACGGCAAUGCUUAACGGUCGUCGGUGAUUUGCAAAUGGGAGCAACAAGACAAGACUAUGUCGUCUCCUCCAGAUUGAAGAGAGAAGAUUGCAAACGCACCAAACAUGACUCUGUUUUCUCCGAUUGGAAGAUUCUUGUUGGACCUUCUGAUUGGGAAGACCACUCCCUGGGGAAGGAAGGAGCAGAGAGAUACAGGGUUCACAACCUCCCUAAUUGUUCUUCAUGUUCAGGGCUUUAUGAGCUCGGCAUAGCUGUACCACACUCCAGCUCAAGCCGUGAGACUAGCAAGCUUGACCCAGACUGUAUAAUUCCGGUUUACCUUGGACAGGCUGAAAAUGUAAGGACUAGGCUACAACGUUAUGGCCGUGAAGGUGCUCAUUUAGAGAAUGGAAAACCAACUAGUGAGCUUAAUUCUUCUACUCAACAAGGGCUUGGAUUAUUUUCGGAUAUAUUUGCAAGAAGCUACUCAGUUGUAUACAGAUGGGCUCCUAUGAAGAAUAAGAGCAAUGCUGAAAAAACAGAAGCUCAGCUCCUUGACACAUUUGAUUAUGCAUGGAACAAAGGCAGUAAUGGUGUUCGCCGCCCUAACGAUAUCCUCCAAAAACUUGAUAGAAGCACUUCACCAAGUACCCGGUUUCCUGCAAUUGUGAGGAAGCUUUUGACUUUCCAGGGGAAGAAAAAAGGUAUCAAAAUUGAAGCCUGCAAGCCGCUUAUAUUGGAAAAAGGAUCCAACACAUAUUUUAAUGAGGAGAACAACGAUCUCUUCUCUCGAAUUCUCAAAAUAGGCAGAUCACGGCCUAAACUUGUUCCAGUUAAAUAUGGUAUCGAUGAGGACCAUGCUACUAUAUGUGGGGUGGCCUUAGGUCAUGGAUCUAUUUGCAGAAGGAUACCAGUUGAAGGAAGGAAAAGGUGUGCUGAGCACAAAGGGAUGAAAGUCAACGCUUUGACCUCGAAGUUGAUUAUAGAUGAGAAAUCACCUAUUGAUGAUGAAUCAACUGUAGAUUUUGGUGUUGAUGCUACAAGUUUCUGCUAUGACAAAGUGAAGCCUCAACCAGUUGCCGAUAGUUUUCUAGUUGGCAACAAUUCCUUUCUUAUCUGUGGAAUCACCUCGGACGAUGGUACUCUGUGUAGAAAACCACCCAUCCAAGGGAGAAAAAGAUGUGACGAGCACAAAGGAAGAAAGAUUACAAGGCCCCAUAAACCCCAUAUAACCUGCUCUCCAGUUUUCUCAGAGAGUGCAGCUAUGAACGAAACGGGCACUAUUUGUGGGGUUGAUUUUAAAAAUGGAACCGUGUGCAGAAGGCAACCUGUUGUAGGAAGAAAGAGGUGCGAAGAACACAAAGGCAUGAGGGUUACUGGAUCCAAGUUUAUGUCACCAGCAGCAGGAGAUAUACCCCUUGGUUUUUGAAGGGCCAGGACAAAGGUCUGAGCAAAUUCUGGAAGAUCAACAGUGAAUUUGAUUUUAGUCCAUGGACUGAAAAACUCCCUCUCGCUUAUACGAUGAUUCCUUAGUGAUCAUCAGCCAUGGGAAAUUACAAGAAGACAUUGGUGGGAUUUGUUCUUCUUUUGGGAAAUUAAGGAAGGCGUUCAGCCAGUGCUUACAAACAGCAGACAAGUGCAGAUUAUCUAUACAUUGCAGACGUUUCAUAAUCAUCCAUAUAAGUAGAUUGGGAAUACAUGACCAAGUCUCUUCCAUUAUGUCA